UUUAAUGUUCCUUGCUUACUGGGUAUUAUAUUCUAAAACUUGCAUAUUAAUGAUAAGAACUCAAUUAUCUAUAUGUGCUGUAAAUAGGUAGCUGGUGAUUCAAGAUCUAUUUUUUGACCUAUAUAAGAGAGAUUUGCAGAAGAAAAGAAAUAUACCAAAGUAUUAAGGAUCAAACAUAUUCUUGAUGUAUGUACUCGGGCCGCGAGGCUGAGCAAUAUUCUAAGGAAAGUAUUAUACAAGAUACAAAGAUUGGUCAAUAUCUUCCCUUAUCUUUCAUUGACAAUUAUCUGAGUUUUGAAGAUAUGCUAAAAACUGAUCAAGAAGCUUUCAUGCAAGUUGUGAACAAGGUUAUGUUAAUUGGAGGGAAACAUGAAAAGGAUUUUAUUAGAAGAAGUUUGAGUGCUACAUUUUCUGAUGACAGCCUCCAUGUGUGUUCAUGGACUGGCCAAAAAAAUAAUUAUAAAAUUGGAGAUACGCACACAAUUCUGAGCAUUAAAA